AUUAGUGGGCCUUUUGAAGAUGCAAGAUAUUUAAACAACUUGUCGUUUACAAACCAAUAGCAGUCUCAUAGUUGUCUCAUAGUUAGAAUGAAUACGUUUAGUUUACUGUUUCAAGUCGUGAUUGCAAUUGUGGCGGUCAAUUGCCAGCAACAAUUUGUGCAACAAUUUCCAACACCUUGCUCUGGAAAUGUUGUUGGUCAAUUCGACCAACAAUUGUUGGACUCACAAUCCGGUGCAGCUGCUUCAGCUAGUGCAAGUUCAGACUCCAGCAGUCAGAACUCAUUGUUUAGCAACAAUGGUCAAUUAGUUACUGGACCAGGUGCUGUUUCUGGACCAAUUGUUGGAGGUAUUGGUGGUCCAAUCGGUGGUCCACUUGCUGGAUCAAUUGGUGGACCUCUGUCUGGACCACUUACUGGACCAAUCGGUGGUGGCCCAUCAGCUAGUCAAUACAAUUAUGCUGCUGUAGACCCUAGAGCUCAAAGUUCUCAAGUUUCUCAAUCAUACUUCUCGAACAAGGGUGAAAUUCUUGUUCAUCGACCAGCUCCAAUUGUUGUAAAACGUCCACCAACCAAGGUUCUAGUCAACCACCCUCCUCUAGUUGUUCGACCAGCUCCAGUUGUUUUGCAUAAGCCCCCACCAGUGAUUUUGCGCAAGGUAUUCAUCAAGCAACAACCUCGCCCAGUUAAGGUUGAGCCAGUCUACGUCAAUGUCGUGAAACCACCAGCAGAGAAAUAUUACGUUAACGAGAAGGCAUCCCAAGGACCUGCUGGUGUUGGUUAUAAUCAGUUACAAAAUGGACCAGCAUACUACUCAGGACCAGCUCAAUACGGAGCCGGACCAGCUCAGUUCGUUACCGGUCCAGGCCAAUAUGCUGCUGGACCAGCUCAGUUCGCCGCAGGACCAGGUCAAUUCGUAGCCGGCCCAGCUCAAUUCGCCGCCGGACCAGGUCAAUUCAUUGCUGGACCAGGUCAAUUCGCAGCUGGACCCGGUCAAUACUUAGCCGGCCCAGCCCAAUUCGUAACUGGACCAGGUCAAUAUUCCUUCCAAAACCAACAGGGUCAAUCUCAAGCCCAAGCACAGGCACAAGCUGACGCACAAGCUCAAUCACAAAACCAACAACAAUUUGAUUUGCAAUCCGACACAACAAACUUCCAAUAUGGUCCCCAAGUCCAACCUCCAUGUGGUUGUAAUAACUAAAAUUUGGAACUGAAAAUAUUGAUGUGUUCUUUUGAACAUAGGAAAUAUUUUUAGGGAAAAAUAGUAUUUAUACAAACGAAAUUCCUUAAAUAAAAUGUAUUUUCAUUUUUUUU